CCCUGCCCGAAAUACUCACUCAAUGUUAUAUAUUCAUUGUUGCCUAUUUUGAUAAACACCGCGCACAAAGGUGGAAAAAUUCGCCGAAAACAAAACUAACUCUUCCGAAAAAGUGAUUAAAGUGCGCCAAAUUAUCAGGAUUGUAGCAAACAUUAGAAAUUCCAAGACUGCAUUUAAUCGUCCACCACAAUGUCAAUUCUACUCAUUCGUUCUUUGAAUAAAUUCCGUCAGAAUCAUCAAAUGAAUUCAAUUCUAAAAUUGACUUUAAGAUCAAUCGGUAUUUCCCCAAUCGCAGAACAAAAGCGAAGAGUCCAAAAUGACACCGCUAUAUCCACCUCAAGUGAUAGAUCGGACGUAUCGACCGAUGUGAGACCGCUGGGUGAACGAAUCAAAGAGAAUACAAAAACGGCCAGUUAUUUUGGUGUCAUCGUUUUUGGAAUUGGAGUGACUGGCGUUAUCAUGUUUGUUGUAUUCAGAGAAUUAUUUUCAUCUAGCAGUCCAAACAAUAUUUACUCAGAAGCGCUAAAUACAUGCAUUAACGAUACUCGUAUUCAAGACGCAUUAGGAAGCCCGAUCAAAGGUUAUGGAGAAGAGACACGACGAAGACGACGACAGCAUGUGGCUCAUUCAAUCCACGAACGAAAUGGAAAGAAAUCUAUACGGAUGCAAUUUUAUAUUCAAGGAAUUCGAAAUAAGGCGACAGUUCAUUUAGAAAAAGAAUUGGAAUCAAAUCGUUAUCGUUAUUUGUUCGUGCAGCUCGAUUAUUAUCCACGUGAUACAAUCAUCUUAGAGGACAAUCGCUUAACUAUUGAUGGAACUGCCUCAGCACAGUCAUUGGAUAGCGUAAAGUUCUGAUUGUUCGU